AGUGUUGUAUAAUCUACCGAAAUAUUCCAGUACAAAUCGAGAGGAUGACGAGAGUGGUUUAUUUGUCUGCAAUAUUCCUGGGAAGCCUAGCCUAUUUCCAUGUUGAGGGCUCCUACAAGUUCAAUUCGCUGGCCUGCGAGGUUGUUAGCCCACAGCUGGGCUGGAUCAAAGAGUGUGCCAUCAAGGCCAUCGAUCGGAAGCGCAACAUGUUGAAUAUUGUGGCAUAUUUGAACAGAACCAUUACAGAAGUAACUAGUGAUCAGAAAAGACACCAUAAACUGCAUAUAGUGUGUCUAUUUUUUCAGUUUCAAGUCCAUUUUCGAUUGGUGAAACGCGAAAGCGGUGGCUGGCAUCCGUUUCUGUACGAUAUGAAGGUGGAUGCUUGCAUGUUCUUCAGGAACCGCCGAAAACUGUUUAUUCCCAAUUUAAUUUACACAACAUUAAAGCAGUUUACGAAUGUAAAUCACAGCUGUCCGUAUUUGGCUGGCACUGAACUGAGUCUGAUGCAUUGGUCUCCGAAUGAAGCGAUGGUACUCGAGAAAUUUCCCGUAGAAUUUGGCCAAUAUGGACUACAAACAACUUGGUAUACGGGCAAAGUGCGUGCUUUGGAAAUUAAUGGCUCAGUUCUAUACUAUAAGUGAUUUGUAUUUACUUAAUACCAUGCUCUUGAGGCUCAAAGAAUGACUGAUUCACUCUGGCA